CAAAAAACAGUGAGAGAAAUAAUAAACCAUGGAUAGAUAACAAUUUGAAAGCUAUGAUAGAGGAAAAAGAUAGAUUAUUUAACGUAUGGUGUAACGAACCAAAGAAUAUGCUAAAACGCCUUAAUUAUACUAGAUAUAGAAACAGAUGCCAAAAAGCUAUAAAUAAAAGUAAAAAUAUAUAUGAUACAAAUAGUAUAAUAGAUUGUAAAAAUAAUAUUAAGAAGCUAUGGGAAAAAAUAAAUAGUUUAAUAGGAAAUACAAAACCGUCCUUAGAUAGUUUAAUUAUUUCUAAUAUGGACAGCUCAAUAUCUAUUUCCGAAGUAUGUAAUAAAUUUGCAAUAACAUUUACAGAAGAAAUAGAAAAAAUCAAGCAUCAAUGUAAUGAAACAUGGAUAAACAGAAAGGAAUAUGUGGCACUCACGGACAGGUCUAUGAGAUGGCAACCGGUGACCGCUAGCGAUAUAAACAAUGUCAUUAAAACCAUGAGUACUAACAAAUCACCGGGAACUGAUUUAGUUCGUAUGUCCGAUAUAAAAAUAAUUUCGAAAAAGUUGUGUCCUAUACUGGCCAAACUCGUAAACCUGUCAGUUGCUACAGGUACUUUCCCAAAUAAAUUAAAAGAAGCAAUUGUACGUCCUAUACACAAAAAAGGAAAUUUUAAAGAUGUUUCAAAUUAUCGACCGAUAGCCAUAUUGUCAAGCGUAGAUAAAAUUAUGGAAAAAUGUGUGGUCAAUCAACUAGGAAAAUAUUUACAACAGAAUAAUAUUGUCAAUAAGUGUCAACACGGGUUCUUAAAGGGUAAAAGUACAAGUACACUGUUAUCUGAAUUUACUGACGAAAUUAAUAAUUAUUUAGAGGAUAAAAAAAUUGUAAUAUCCAUAUUUUUUGACUAUAAGAAAGCAUUUGAUACAUUGCAAAAAGAUACCCUUAUUAACGCUAUGAAGGAGUGCGGUGUGGGACAACCACUAAACCAGUGGUUUAGUGAUUACCUCACAGGGCGCUCUUACCGGGUAAAGGUGGGUGAUACUCUCAGUGACAGGGUGGCGGUACGGAGCGGAGUGCCUCAAGGAUCAGGAUGUGGUCCUAUCUGCUACCUCAUGCACGUGAACAGCUUAUGCGGAGUGUUGCGUCAUUGCUCGUCAUACAUGUACGCAGACGAUCUAUGUGUGCUCCGCGCCGGAACCGACAUCAAUGACAUCUGUCCGUUAAUCCAGCAAGACAUAGACGCAGUAGUUAAAUGGUCCCAUGACAAUGGGAUUAUUCUAAAUGCUGAUAAAACCAAACUUCUUGUCAUCAGAUCACCAUAUUCACACCUAUCCAUUUCUACUCCUAAAUUGAUAACACACGAAUACUCAUGUUUUCAUAAUCAUUUAAUAAAUUGUAAUUGUAAACCUGUUGAAGCUGUUAAUUCUGUUACUUAUCUUGGUGUCAAAAUAGAUGAAAGUUUUUCAUGGUCCUGUCAUGUAGAUUACAUUUGUAGUAAAUUAAGAAUAUUACUUAGUAAGUUUUAUCAUUUAAGUUACAAAGUUCCUAUUAAAAUAUUAAGAUGUUUGUAUCUAUCCUUAGUAGAAUCAAUAAUAAGUUAUGCUCUUGAUAGCUACGGGCUAACGUUUAAGACUUACAUAAAUAAAUUAGAAUCAUUACAAAUAAGAUUUCUUAAACUAUUAGUUACAAAAAAGACUAAAAUAAGUUGCAAAGACGAUUAUAGAAAAUUGUUUAAAAUUUGUAAGAUCUUACCGGUUCAUUUAAAACAUACAUACCUUUUAGCUAUAAACCAGCACGGCAGGAAGGAGCAUGACUUAUCUAUUGUGACAAAUAACCACAGUACACGGUCGGUGGCUGCCGGUAAAUUUAAUGUUCCAAGAGUCAAUAAUUACUUCGGCGAUAGAACUCUAAAGAAACGGAUACCUUACGUGCUUAAUAGUUUACCAGCAGACAUUCGACAGGAAAAUAAUAAAAGAAUUUUUAAAAGUAAGUUAAAAAAAUACCUGUUUAAAAUACUUAUAUAGAAUUAUAUAGAAUAUAUAUUAUAUAGAAUAAACAGUAGAUAAUAACUUUGUAUAACAAUGCGGCGCAACACCUACAGUCAAACCGCUAAACCGGUUUUGUGGGAAAUUGUCAUAAAUAUAAUGCUGUAUUUCUUUUAUAUAAAUAAAUAAAUAAAAAUAAAAAAAAACAUUUCUAUACA